ACCUCAGCUCGCAGAUUGGGGAUCGAGAGCCAGCCAGCCAGCCAGCGCGCCAACUAACCGCAUUUACUCCACUCCUAAGCUAGAGUGCUAGACGAGCUGCACCGGCCUCGGCCUACCUUGAGCUUCGCUAUAUAAGGCUCUGCACGGCCUCGGUCCAGCUUCAGAACACAGCAGAGCAUCAGUCCCCACCAGCGAGCUUUGAGUGGAGCGUAGCUAGCUGAGCUGCAAUGGGGAGGCGCGUGCGGGGUGUGGCGCUCGCGGCGCUGGUCGUGGUGUUGGCCCUCGGAGUGGCCGCCGAGGCGCGUCGCUUGGAGAAGGAAGGCUUGUUGGGCGGUGGUGGCGGUUUUGGCGGAGGAGGCGGCUUUGGCGGAGGGAUCGGUCAUGGUGGUGGCGUCGGGAUCGGGUUCGGAGGUGGUAAAGGUGGCGGCCUUGGGGACUCGGCGGUGGAGCCGGCGGAGGCGGAGGCGCCGGAGCCGGCGGCGGUUUCGGAGGAGGCAAGGGCGGCGGCUUCGGCGGUGGCGUGGGCGGAGGAGGCGGCAAGGGCGGAGGCUUUGGUGGCGGAGUCGGCGGCGGAGGCGGUGCAGGUGGUGGCGCCGGCGGUGGCUUCGGCGGAGGCGCGGGAGGCGGAGCUGGAGGAGGCGCAGGUUUCGGCGGUGGAGCGGGUGGCGGAGCUGGCGCCGGUGGCGGCGGCGGAUUCGGCGGAGGAGGGGGCGCAGGCGGCGGCGGCGGCAUCGGCGACGGGCAGUGAUGCUCGCUCGCGCGAGGAACGGGCGGGCGCACGUACGUCGCGUCGCCUCCGUCCAUGCAGGAAGACGCGCGCGCCAUGAGGAGCCGAGCAACCAAUCUUGGUAGUCUACGUACGUACUCUAUAUGCGAAUAAUUUGUUGGGUGGUGAGCGAUGAUGAGUACUCUACAUGACAUUCCUUUUCCUUGUGUAUCCAUGAUAGUGUUACUACGACGAAUGUGCUAUUAUUUUGGAAGCCAAUAUAUGUUUCCACUUGUACCAAAGAUAUAUAAACAGAUUAAGAUUAUAUUA